GUUAACCAGUUGUCGUACCGGUUCAAGUCCGUUCCACGCUUCCCUUCAAAAUCACUUUUCCUACAAAUUCUUCAAUCCACCAAACCCUCACGACACACUAACAACCCCGUUCAGCAGGCAGCCGCCAUAGCCCUCCGCCGCCAAAGCCCACUUCAGUGUUAUCGGACUUUGGCUUGCAUUUGCUUGAGAAUCCAUGGCUGCUUUGUCUCCAAUUCCCAUAAAGCAAUGCCAGCUAAAGAUUUUGUGUGGCACCACUAUUUGGAAUCCUCAAGUUCCAAAUGGUUUCCAAGGGGGAUUAAAUGGUGCAAGUUCGCUAAAGAUUUUACCUUCUCAUGGGAAAAGAUUGUGGGGUAGGUCAGUACGGUGCAAGGUUUUGGGGGAAACAGACGAUAUGGGUUUUGAAGUGAGCAGUGCCAUUAAAGACGAUCUAUUUGUUGGGUUUUUCAGAGAAGCUUGGCCUUAUUUUCUUGCUCAUCGAGGAAGCACCUUUGUUAUUUUAAUCUCAGCUGAAAUUGUUGAUAGCCCUCAUUUGGAUCACCUUCUCAUGGACAUAUCCCUCCUUCAUGGUCUGGGAAUCAAGUUUGUUCUUGUACCAGGAACUCAUGUUCAGAUUGACCGGCUUCUCGCUGAAAGGGGAAGUGAGCCCAAGUACGUAGGCCGCUACAGGAUUACAGAUCCUGAUUCACUCAAUGCGGCUAUGGAUUCAUCUGGAAGAAUUCGUCUUAUGAUAGAGGCAAAGUUGUCUCCUGGCCCUUCAUUGACUGGCGUCCGCAGGCACGGAGAAAAUAGUCGCUGGCAUGAUAGUGUCGGUGUUGCCAGUGGUAAUUUUCUAGCAGCGAAGAGAAGAGGAGUUGUCGAAGGAAUCGAUUAUGCUUCAACUGGUGAAGUAAAGAAGAUAGAUGUUUCUCGAAUUCGUGAGAGGCUUGAUCAGGAUUGCAUUGUGCUAUUAAGCAAUCUUGCUUAUUCCAGCUCUGGAGAAGUAUUAAACUGCAACACGUACGAAGUUGCGACGGCUUGUGCCUUGGCUCUAGGAGCAGAAAAACUAAUUUGUAUCAUAGACGGCCCAAUUCUUAAUGAAUCUGGCCGUCUUAUUAGUUUCUUAACUCUUGAAGAUGCUGAUAUGUUGGUCCGCAAACGAGCUGAGCAAAGUGAGACUGCUGCUAAUUAUGUAAAAGCUGUUAGUCAGGAGGACUUCAAUCAUUUUGGUUACAAUGAUUCCAAUGGAUCACUCCUUUCCCAAAAUGGCAAUGGUUAUAGCCGAAGAUACAAUCCCACAUUUCAGAAUGGCAUUGGUUUUGACAAUGGAAAUGGGCUUUGGUCUAGUGAACAAGGUUUUGCAAUUGGGGGACAGGAGAAACUAAGUAGAUCAAAUGGUUAUCUCUCAGAAUUAGCCGCUGCUGCUUUUGUUUGCCGAGGAGGUGUUCAAAGAGUGCACCUGUUGGAUGGUACUAUUGGUGGAGUUUUACUGAAGGAAUUGUUCCAAAGAGAUGGAGUCGGGACUAUGGUUGCUAGCGAUCUUUAUGAAGGAGCACGGAUGGCCAAGGUGUCGGAUAUUCCUGAAAUAAAGCAGUUGUUACAGCCUCUAGAAGAAUCUGGAACAUUGAUCAGAAGGACUGAGGAAGAGCUAGCGGAAGCGCUGCAUUCAUUUGUUGUUGUGGAGAGAGAGGGACACAUUAUAGCUUGUGCGGCUCUCUUUCCUUACUUUGAAGAAAAAUGCGGGGAGGUUGCUGCCAUUGCUGUUUCUCCUGAUUGUCGUGGCCAAGGACAGGGAGACAAGUUACUUGGUAUGGUGACUCUUUUCUCAUAAUAGAACUAUUUAUUCUUCCAUAUUUAAGGCAUAUGAGCAGAUUUGAGGACAUUCUAGUUAUUUUAUUUAAUCCUUAUUGAAGAUGCAAGUACAUUAGCGAGAGACUAAUCUAAGAGUUCUUAUAUAUUUCCAUAAGAGGCUAAAAAUACUUGGAUAAGCCUGUAAUAAAAGGUAAGUCACUUUAAAUGGGUAUAGUUGUUGAUUUUCUAUGUAUCCUUGUAUUCUUGGUCCUUGGAUAAGUGUAUCAAGAGACAGUGAACAAGUCUAAGCAGGGGCGGAUCGAU